GUCCGGCGCGCUGUCAUGGCGGCGCAGUUCCGCAGCUACGUGUGGGACCCGGCGCUGAUCGUGGCGCAGAUGGCGCUGCUGCAGGCCGCCUACUACAGCUCCCUGGGGCUCUGGCUCGCGCUCCUGGGCGCCCUCGGCCGCACCGCGCCCUCCCUGCAGCAGAUCUUCAGCGACGAGAUUUUAGGCUUCUCGACGCCGCCCGGGAGGCUCUCCAUGAUGGCUUUUGUCCUCAACGCGCUCACCUGUGCUCUGGGCUUGCUGUACUUCAUCCGCCGCGGAAAGCAGUGCCUGGAUUUCACAGUCACCGUUCACUUCUUCCAUCUCCUGGCAUGCUGGAUUUACAACUCUCACUUUCCCUCCACUCUCACGUGGUGGCUAGUGCACAUCGUGUGCACGGCCCUCAUGGCUGUCAUCGGGGAGUACCUCUGCAUGAGGAUAGAACUGAAAGAAAUCCCCUUGAAUUCUGCCCCCAAAUCCAAUGUAUAAACUUGCUGUGCCAAGAAACAAGCUGCAUUAAGUCAUUGUUUCCAGCACAAGAGCAUCUAAUGCCUGAAGAAUCAUCCCGGAGAAGCGCAGCAGGCCUGUCGAGUCUUUUUUUAGACCUUGGUGACUGCAUGAGUGUGGACAUCUCUGCUGUCAUCAUCAGACAACGGAGAGGAUGAGGAGCUGUUUGUUUUAUUAACACAAAGCGUUCAACAUGACUGCAUUGCAAGAGUGCUCCUAAACUCUUCCCUCAGGACUGUUAAAAGGCAGGUGGCAAAACC